GCAAAAAAGUGGUUCGACACGCAAAUAUGAACACAGCAAUGGAACACACUGGAAUUGAAGAGGUGAAUCCAACGCAUCAGCAGCACGAGCCUAUCAGUUUCGGAAUUGAUCAGAUUCUCAACAGCGCGGACCAAACCAGCAGCUGCAUGCUACCAAACCGGACCAGCGACACGGAUUACCAGCUGGCGUCCAACGUGUACGCCAAUGGCUACAACAGCGUCUACAACCCGGCCUGCUCCAUGGCCGCGGGACUCCCGGGCUCGUACAAUGUCAACAUGAACAUGAACGUAAGCAUGAACAUGAACGUCAAUGUUAACUCUGGGAACGCAGGAGGGGUGAUUCGGGUGCCCGCGCACAGACCCAUGCCGCCCACGGCUCAUCCGCAUGUCCCUACUCAUCCGGCGGCCAUGUCAACCGGUAUGCCCACGGUGCCAACAAUGUCUGGCAUGGGAAACGUGGCGAACUUCACCUUUCCUUGGAUGGAGAACAGCCGAAGAUUUGCCAAAGACAGACUGACAGCAGCUCUUUCACCAUUCUCCGUGACCCGGCGGAUCGGGCACCCGUACCAGAACCGGACGCCCCCGAAGAGGAAAAAGCCACGGACCUCCUUCAGCCGGGUGCAGAUCUGUGAGCUGGAGAAGCGCUUCCACCGGCAGAAGUACCUGGCGUCGGCGGAGCGCGCCACCCUGGCCAAAGCUCUCAAAAUGACAGACGCUCAGGUCAAGACCUGGUUCCAGAACAGGAGGACGAAAUGGAGGAGGCAGACCGCAGAGGAGCGGGAGGCGGAGAGGCAGCAGGCCAACCGCCUGAUGCUGCAGCUCCAGCAGGAGGCCUUCCAGAAGACGCUGACCCAGCCCCUGCAGCAGGACCCUCUCUGCCUGCACAACUCCUCCCUCUACGCCCUGCAGAACCUGCAGCCCUGGGCUGACGACAACAAGGUCACCUCCGUCACCUCUGUUGCGUCAGUGGUCUGACCUCUCACUGUAAGCCGCGACCCCCCCGGCCUGACCCGGGACACUGUACUAAUGGGGGCGGGGCAUGGAGCAGGCGGGACACAUGAGCUGGACUGGAGAAAUCACUUCUCCCAAUCCCAGGGGAUAGUCCCCCCCCUCCCUCU